UGAAUUUGUUGAAUUAUGUUUUUAUUUUUCUGAACAACUAGAUAAACAGUUAAAAUUAAACUUCCCAGAACUAAUUGUUUUUAUGUUUUAAAAGAAUAAGGUUUUGUUUCUUUUGGUUUGAAUUUCUGCUGGCUUCGUUUGGUAGGAUGAAUGCCAAAAUAAAAGAAUGUGGGUGUUCUCAGGAGAUCUGGCCAUCUAUUUUGCCCACUCUGAAAUAUGUUACUUCCUGCAUAAUGAAGUACAUAAAAGCAUUUUCUGCUGGGCAGUGUGUCCUUAUUUUCACAAAGAGAUUACUUAAAAGCCAACCCUGAGAACCUUGUCCCCCAAUCUCUAUUAGGAAGAAAAAGUAACACAGUAGUGCAGCUUCUGAGUGUUCACUGGUCAUGGUCCCAUAAGCAUUGGGCUCUUAUAUUUUUCCCACAAGGGAUUGGGGGGUGGGGAGAUGGAAAAAUAGUUUGAAACAUUACUGUUUAUGCUCAGAACAGCAGCAGAAACAUACCACGCAGCAAAAUGAAGUGGAGCAAGAAAACAUGAGCCUAUAGAUACAGCUUGCCUUUCUUUGUACAAGACAGAUGAAGAGAGAAUUCUACAGUUUUGGACUCAUGAUUUCAUUCACUUCCACUAAUUGUGCUGAAGAUAGUUAGCAAAAGUGAACGGGCACACUGUAGCUUUAAAAAGUCAGCCAUGAACCAGAAGGCAGUUGGUGCAGCUUGUGUGUGAUUCCUAACGUCAUGUUGGCUGAGAGCCAGCCUGGUUUUAUUUCACUGUGUCAAAUUGUACCUCCUUAUUGAAUUCCUUUGCCAGCCUACUUUGUGAAAGAAAACAUUGGGGUUUCUUUGGCUGUUCUUGAUAAGCCUAUAAAAAAUCAUAUGUUUUAGUUGCUUAUAGUUGCUGAAGUAAAGGAACCCUGCCGCCUUCCCAUGCUAUCUGUUGACAUGGAAAACAAGGAAAAUGGCUCUGUCGGUGUAAAAAAUUCCAUGGAGAAUGGAAGACCACCAGACCCUGCAGACUGGGCUGUGAUAGAUGUCGUCAAUUAUUUCCGAACAGCGGGAUUUGAGGAGCAAGCUAGUGCUUUUCAGGAACAGGAAAUUGACGGAAAAUCCCUGCUAUUGAUGACAAGGAAUGAUGUGUUGACAGGACUUCAGUUAAAAUUGGGGCCUGCCCUGAAAAUCUACGAGUAUCAUGUAAAACCUCUGCAGACAAAGCAUUUAAAGAACAACUCUUCAUAGUGGAGUUAAAUUGGGGUCUUAGGCCUCAAAAAAUAAAUCAUUACAUAAUUUAGUUUCGUGUGAUGAAACUUUGUAAACAGGAUACAUACAUGUGUAUAUGUAAAGAAUUUCAAUCAAAUGAAAACGUUAUCCUAUUGGAUAGACUAGGCAAUCCAUCUGCUGACCUGGAUUCAGCCCGGGAGCAAGGACACAAUGUGGACAGGAUGGUUUUUAAUAUGGAGUUUGUCAGAUAGAAUGAUCUUGGACAUGACUAGACACCUUCCCCACAAAGGCUUUGAAAUCAUAAGGAUUUCCUUCAUAGAUUGCUUACACAAAAUUCUUUUAAAAAAUUAAUAAACAUCUUUUGGUUACAGACAUAAGAAGAUUAAAAAUGAGAAAACUUGGGGAGGGGGAGAAAAGAGAAAGGAAUUGCUGUCUUCCUUGAAUUCCUCUGCUCCUUAGAGCUUAUGCUACUUGGAUGGAAUUGCCAACUCCCUUUUUAUAGAGGGUCCUCCGCUUGACCUUAUUAAGGUUUCAUUGGGAUAUGCUGUGAUGUUUGAAAUGAACACACAUCAUGACCCCUUCAGGAGCAGAAUUAUAGCUCUGAAAAGAGAACCCUGUUGUAUACUGGGGAUAUCCAUCCAUAUUCAGCUAGGUUUACAGAAGGUAAUGAUAUUUUCUGCAUAGAUUUGCAUUUAAAUUGGUUCUUUGGUUCUGAAGAAAGCAUUUUUCACUUUAUGGUUUGUAUUUAUAAUUGUUUCAGAAGAUAUUUGCCAAGGGUUAUGGUUCAAAAAGCAUUGUUCCUAGUACACAAUAUUUUUAUAUAUACAUAUAUAUCCCUUCGUGAUGGCGUAAUAUUUUUUUAAUUGUUCUGAUGCUUUGCUUGAUUCCUGGUUUGAGUCCUUGUUUCUGAGAACUUGAAAAGGUGGGCUUGCUACAUCUCUGUUCAAAGAGACAUUUGUUAAAUCCAUGUGUCAAUGCCUUGUUGAAUUGGUGCUUUGUGUUUGCAAUAAAGCAUUGCUUCAGUUUAUGCCCAGUGUACCUUUGACCUGUUCUGUUUGGUUGCUUCUUUAACUGGGAUUAAGAAAUAAGUUCUUUCCUUGAAACCAUGGAGAGAAAGUUGAGCGUUUUGGGGGGAAAAGACUGUAUGGAUUAUAUGGAUCUAUAUGUGGACUUGGGAGCCCUGGUGGCGCUUGGUUAAAAGCACUGGGCAGCUAACCAAAUGGUCGGCGAUUUGAACCCACCAGCAGCUCCACUGGGGAAGAAUGUGGCAAUCUGCGUCUAUAAAGAUUUGCAGCUUUGGAACCCUGUGAGACAGCUCUCUUCUGUCCUGUAGGGUCAGUAUGAGUCAGAAUUGACUCAACAACAGUGGGUUUGGGUUUGGUAUAUGUGGAUUUGGACUCUCUGGGUGAUAAAAACGGUUAAUAUACUUGGCUGCUAACUCAAGUCCACCAAAAGGCACCUCAGAAGAAAGGCCUGGUAAUCUACUUCUAAAAAAUCAAUCAUUGAAAACCCUAUUUAGCACAAUUCUAUCCUGACACACAUGGAGUCACCAUGACUCCUGGUGGUAGUGAUGGAGGAUAUGUGGAUUUAUCUUCUUUUUAAACUGAAUCAUCCAAGUAGACCUUGUUCCUUUUCUUACCCUCACCCAACAAUCAAUUAUAUAUACCAUUUUAGCCAAAAAUUCUUUUAUUUGCUGUAGGCCAGUGGGGGUCAUUGUCUUUGUUUUGUUUUUAAACAAUGAUGAAAGCUAUGGACCUUUCCUCCAGACAAAAGUUCAUAUUUCCACAGGCAGAAUUUUGCAGAGAUUUCAUGGACUCCCUAAAGUUUCCUCCUCCUCAUAAAGUCCCUAUUUUAGAGGGUAUAAUAAUUCAUUACCCUGUGGAGAUAAUUUCCCAAAAGAACAGGAAGAUUGAAGAUGAGUGUGAAAAAAUAUAGGAAAUUGUAUAGUCAGUGGGGUUCAAAGCUCUGCUGAGAAUCUGCAUUUCUAACAAGUUCCCAGGUGAUGCUAAUGCUGCUGGUUUGGGCCCAAUUCUGAGAACCAUUAGUAGAACCUCCAAGACCAAAACCAAACCCAUUGCUGUCAAGUCAAUUCUGACUCAUAGUAACCCUGUAGGACAGAGUAGACCUUCCCCAUAGGAUUUCUAAGGAGCAACUGGUGGAUUCGAACUGCCAACCUUUUGUUUAGCAGGCUGAGUGCUUAACCAUUGUGCCACCAGGUGUCCGUUAAUAAAGCAGUGGUUUUCAAAAUUUAUCGUACAUAACAAUCAUCUGGCUUCAAGAUGGCAGCCUAGUUAGAUACACCACACAUCCCUCUACAGCAAAGACCCAAGAAAUAAAGUGAAACAGAUACAGAUGACAACCCUG